AUGUCUUCCCCCGAUAUCCCGAAGAAGUACAAGGCAGUCAUCUACGACAAGCCCGGCGAGAUCAGUACAAAAGUAGUCGAACUCGACACACCCACCCCAGGCCCCGGCGAAGUCCUGAUCAACCUCACCCACAGCGGAGUAUGCCACUCAGACUUUGGCAUCAUGACCAACAGCUGGAAAGCCUUGCCUCACCCCACCCAACCCGGUCAAGUGGGUGGCCAUGAAGGUGUAGGCAAGAUCGUUGCCAUGGGUCCUGGUACUGAAAAUGCUGCUGUCAAGUUUGGGCAGAGAGUGGGUAUCAAGUGGAUCAGUGCAAUUUGUGGUGGUUGUCCUGCGUGUUUGAGUGGACAUGAUGGUGUGUGUUUCAACCAGAAGAUUAGUGGGUACUAUACGCCUGGCACUUAUCAGCAAUAUGUUGUGGGUCCUGCGGAUUAUGUUACUCCUAUCCCCGAUGAGUUGGACUCUGCUGCUGCUGCGCCGAUGCUCUGCGCAGGUGUAACAGUCUACUCCGCCUUCCGCAAGUCCACCGCCCAAUCCGGCGACUUCGUCGUUCUCCUCGGUGCCGGUGGUGGUCUUGGGCACAUCGCAACCCAAAUGGGUGCUCGCGGCAUGGGUAUGCGCAUCAUCGGCAUCGACCACGGCAGCAAGAAAGACCUGGUACUUCAGAGCGGUGCUGAGCACUUCAUCGACCACACCACCACUGAUGACGUUGCUGCCGAAGUCAAGAAGCUAACUGGAGGACUGGGUGCCCAAGCCGUACUGGUCUUGACAGCAGCAAAUGCAGCUUACGGCAGUGGUAUGCAGUUGCUCAAAUUUGGCGGCACACUUGUUUGUGUGGGAUUGCCCGAGGGCGAAUUGAAGCCUAUCGCAACUGCUUUCCCACAAGUACUCGUAGCCAUGGAGCAAAAAAUUGUGGGUUCCGCUGUAGGAAACAGAAAGGAGGCGAUUGAGACUUUGGAUUUGGCUGCCAGAGGUAUCGUCAAGACGCACUUUAGAACAGCAAAGAUGGACGAGUUGACCAGUAUCUUUGAGGAGAUGGACAAGGGCAAGAUUCAAGGAAGAGUCGUUUUGGACUUGCAGUAA